AUGGGUUUAUUUAAGAAGAGAGAUUACCCCCAAGUUAUUUUUGCUUUACCCAGGGGAGACUAUCUACGAUGCUGCAGAUUCUGUUACCCAUUAUGUGCAUUUGUCAUUCUUGCUGCUUGUGUGGUGGCGUGCGUUGGCUUAGUCUGGAUGCAGGUGGCUCUCAAGGAGGAUCUGGAUGCAAUAAAGGAGAAGUUUCGAACUAUGGAAUCUAAUCAAAAUACAUCAUUCCAAGAAAUUCCUAAACUGAAUGAAGAUUUGGUGCAGAAGCAAAAGCAACUAGAACAAAUUGAGACUGGAGAACUGGGCUUAAAUAAAAUUUGGAUAAAUAUCACAGAGAUCAAUAAACAGUUAUCACUAUUGACCUCAACAGUAAAUCAUCUCAAAAACAACAUAAAGUCUGCUUCUGAUCUGAUUUCUCUUCCUCUCACAGUAGAGAAACUUCAGAAGACUGUAGCGAACAUAGGUAGCACUCUUACCAGUGUUUCUCAUGAUGUUGAAAAUAUACAGACAGCUAUUGAAGAGUACAAGAAAUCCAUAGAAAUACUCCAGAAUGAUGUGAAGGAAUUAAAACAGAUACCUUCACUUCCCUCCACUGUUGCACCAAGGACUGAGAGAAAUCAGACAGAAAAUUGCAAACAGGAAAGCCAGUUGCUGCAUGCAGCUUUGGAGGAGCUAAAUAAUACUGUAGUGGCGUACCAAAAGCUGAAUGACAUCCAGCUUCUAAAUGUGGAUUCAGCCGUCACUAACCUUAGCCGGAGGGUUAUGCUGUUAGAAAACUCCCCCCUUGCUGUGAAUAAUCUGGACAAAAGAGAGAACUUGUCUACCAAUGUGGGGAAUGGUGCAACUACCUCUCUAAAAGUGGAAAAUGAAGAACAACUAGAUAAUGAAACUCAUUCAGAUAAAGACCUGAAGGAAAUGGGAACUAGAGAUUCUCAGGUAUCAAAACUAAGAGAGAAGCUUCAGCUGAUGAGUGUUCUCACAGGCAAGCCAGAAAAUGACAGACCCAUUGAGACAUCAAAGAAUGUUGAAAGUAGUCUGAGUACCACAGCAAAGCCCACAGACCUUUCAAGGCUGGCUUCGAGGUCAGCUGAUGACAACACAGAGGGUAACGGACAGCUGAGACAUCCGUCCUUACCAGGAGUUUCCAACGUCAAAGAUCUUCAGAAUUUGUUUGAAAAAGCAACUGAAGGUUCCGAUGGAAAACUAUCAUAUGAAGAUCUUCAAAAACUGCUUGGCUCUGCAUCCCAAGAGUCACAGAGCUUUAGGAAAUUUGACACAGAUGGAGAUGAGAAAUACUCUUUACAAGAACUGAGAUUAGCUUUAGGUGUAUAGGAUAUAUACUUAGAAAUGUGGUAUUGAUGGAUGCUACUGUAGCUAAAGGAAACUACGGGACAUGAAAAACUACGUCUGCACUUUCCCAGUGUUUUACUGAUCUUUGAAGCUAAAUUACUGUACACAUUGCCACCUUUUUUUUUUGCAUUUAUUGAAAAGAAAUUUACAAAUUUAUAUGUCUAUAGGACAUAAUAUUGGGACUGUGUUUAAAAUCCAGAAAAAUCCCAAACUGGGAAACACUUUCCUCUCACUAAAAGGGAGUUCUUGGUUUUAAUUUAAAAUGUGUACAUACUAAAAUAAAACUUUGGUUUUAUAUUUCACUGAAAUUUGCCUUAAAUUAGAGAGCUGCACUUUAUGUAGAGCAGAAAGAAACCUGUCUUGUAAAGAUGGGAUGCUUCUGCUUGUAAAUAUUUGAGAUAGAGUAAAUUAUGCAUAUUUAAGGGGAAGCUUGUGUCAGGGGCUGUGUUGGUAGUAAGCUGAUUAUGAUGAGAGACUGAGCCUAAAAGGGGUGGUUAAGAGCUUCAGCUAAACUUCUGAUUUUGGCCAAGUAUAUCCACGAAUGAGUUUGGACUCAGUCAGAGGAAAGCAGGAGUGGUAAAUCAUGCCCAUCUAUAGCAGGAUUUAUUUUUAGAGGGAAGAGUCGAAAAUGUUUUCAUAUCAUGAGCCUACAGGAGCAAUUACCUCCCGAGUGGUUGGGUUUUCACUUCAGCAUUCUUUUAGCUUUGCUGUAUUGUGUCCAGAUUAUUUUGCGAGAUGACCCUAUCUAUUAAAAAAACCAAAACAGUAAAGCUAUUGAAGAACUUUAACAGAUGCUUUAGGAGGUAAAAGCCUACAAUGCAGCCUGCUGAGUAGCACCUGAAUAGUUUGUACCUCUGGUAUGAUCAGCGGUGUGCUGACAGUCUCGCUGACUGGUCGCUGGAGAUCUUCUGACAGGGUUGCUGGUGCUGUUGGUUUCUUCCAUCCACUGUUGCUGGGAUCACUGAUGAAGUGCCCUGAGUAAAGCUCCUGUCUCUAGAAGCGUGAGCAGGUGGGGAAGGCCCAGAGUAGACUUCUGGGCUGUUUCCUGACUAAUGUGAAUGUGAUUGCUUCUUGGUACCUUUACCUUCUGUGUUCUCACCCGUGGAAGGAUGUAAGAAGCAGGAUAGGAGCAUGCAGUCGCGUUGGAGUUCUCUACUGAUGCAUGCUUUUAAGUGAGGUUUCCUUGCUAUAAAGGAGCUUAAAGGUUUGUUUAUACCAGUGGAUCUAAACACGGAAUGUUUCUGGAACAUAGAAAAUGGCUUUUGCGGAAGGGAUUCUUUUGCAGGCUAGACCAGGGCCAAGUCGGGUGAUUUUGCUCACGAAUACCGCUGAUCUUGUUGGGAGUUUGCAUGAUUAGUGGAUUGAAGUUGCCUGCCUCGCUGAAGCAUCAGUUUAUGUGGAAGUCAGUUCAUAGUUGUUGACUUACGUAUAACUUUAGACUGGAUGUUUUAUGAAUAAUUGUAUCCUGGAGUAUGAGUCAGUGAAGGAAUGUAGAAAAUGGAGCCCUGUUACCCAUUGCCUAGGCAUCUUUCACUGUUGCUCUUCUGUCCUGUUUGGGUAAUGCAGACGUGACCCAGUAUGACGAUGCUUUUAAUCUGACAUUGGAAAAUGGGAGUAUUUAAAAACAAAACAAAACCAACCAACCUUGGCUUUUGAGAGGACAAGAAGCCAACACUUGCUUCUUGCUACUUCCCACACCCUUUUAUACGCUACCGUAUAAUUCCUUAACCAAAUAAAAAAAAAAAAAUUAGCAAUAAAACGUAACCAUUCUGGUAUUUUAUUUGUACAUAGUGUAUCAUAGCCAUAUGCCAGAGUUUGCAAAAUAUUUUUGGAAGUUUGAUUUGUACGAAAUUUAACUUACCUUAAAAUUUAAGGGGUUAUUGUAUUGCCAUGUGAAUCUAUUAGUGUUUUGUUUUGUUUUGUUGCAGUCUGCUUCACUUUUAGAAGGCUUUUCAACAGCAAUAGUGAAACUGUCAGCUGGAGAUGGUGUGGGCUGCUCCAGCUGCCUGUGUCCGCUGCCUGUGGCCAAGGAGCCGAGCUGGUCAGUAUUUGGCGCUAGGGCACAGCUGUCCAGCGGUGCUGCUUCAUUUGCAUGUCAAGAGCAUAGCGCAUCGCUAAUUGCUGUCCUCACUGCUGUGGUAGGGUGGAUUUGUGCUAUCAAUUUCACAAAAAGCCGAUCAUCCCCGAGUACGGCAGGUUGCUCUUUGGCCCGGGGUGGCCGGUAGCGGUGUG